UUCUUAUCUUAAAAACUCUAUUUCUUUUGAUACUCCAGCCAAUUAAACGUGACCACUAAUUAUUUAUCUCACAGUAAUCAAGGAAACGCGUUUCUUGCUUCUUUCCUACUUUUUUCACUCUAAAGCAAGAUGUCUAACAGUGGACCAUCGAACCUCGUUGAAAAGCUAAAACAAAUUGCUGAGAAGCGAAACAAUUUGCAAGCAGAUAUAGAACUGAGAUAUCUGGAAGAGGCUACCUCUAUUGCUACUGAUACCCGUUCCGCCAAAAGACAAAAAACAACAGCAAAAGACGCAGUAAAAAUCCCUGGACUUAACAAGACACUAGGCGAAAGCCUUUUGGAUCUCAUCCCUUUUAAAGAAAAACAGAGCAAGAAGACAUAUAUUUCGACUAUUGUUCGAAGUUUGUCUAAAAAUAUGAUUAUUGAUCUUACGGAUGCCUCUUCUGAAUCACAAUUGCGUUGGUUCUCUGUUGACGUAGCAAACAAAAUUAAAGAGAAAUACAUAAUCAAGAAGCCUGAAUUCAAGGACAACAAUAUCGACUGUCUCUUGAAAAAACUAAAUAAGGCUAAAACACCGAACAGUCUUUCUCGCUUUUUAAAUGAACUGGAAAGUUUCAAGUCGAAUGAUUUGAAAAUAAAAAGUGUCAAAAGAAUAUAUGAACACAUCUUGGUGAUUCAUACCGAAAGAAACUGGCUCUUGAGUAAAGAGUCUCGAUCGCACUUGACAGAAUUUGAUUAUCAAGUCAAAUUUUGGGGGCCAAUUUUCGAGUCCUUUUUCUCCUCAGACUCAACUGUUCUUCAUUGGGGGGACACCAUGUCCACACCCUGCAAAAAAAAACAAGUUGAAGUUUAGACUGGACCUCCGCCUGUUAAUAUUCAACGAUGAAGAAAUAAUAGCGGAUGGAAUGACGGGUGAGGUGGCUCGAAUGGCUUCUAAAGGAAAGCUAUAUGGUGAUCGAUUGAAGUCUGUUUUGGCAACGAAAUGCCAUUUAAAUAACCUUCUUUCCACAAUUUCUUGCCUUGAUGCUAACACAGCAAAAAGUAUCUCUGUUCCCGUAG